AUGACGAAAAUAAGAUCACAGUCAAAUGAAAAAGCUAAGAAUAUAUUUAAAUCUCGUUUAUCAGUUUCACGUUUGCCACAUGAAGCCAUUAAAUCUGACACCUUGAUGAGUAUUGUAAAAAAUGAAUUAAAAAAUUUUAAUGAAUCAAAAGAAACAUUUGACAUAACAUUCAAUGAACAUUCAUCAACAAUACAAUUUCCAACAAAUAAAACAUUGGAUAAUUUAAAUUUAACAAUAAAUACAUCAGUAAUUUCAUUGUCAAAUAAAAUUAAUAAUAAAUCAAGAAGACAUUCAUUUCCAUUGAUGAAAAAAUCAACAAUUGAUAUAAAAAUUGAUCCAAUAACUCCAAGAACUAAAAAAAAAGUUAAAAGACUUAAAAGUGUUGGUAUUCCAAAACUUCAUCGUAGUUUUAUUGUACAAAAUUUAAAGAAAAUUGUUACUCCAAAAACACCAGAGACAUUUAAUCAUGUUACUUUACGUCGUAAUAAUCAUAAUAAAAAUAUUGCAAUACCAAAAACACCACAAAAAAAUGAUACAACAAUUCCAGUUAAAUCACCAGUUAACAUGUCAACUAAUGACAGUCCACCAAAUUCACCAGUUAAUUCGUCAAAGGAUUUAUCAGCUAGUACUACUUUAUCUAAAUCUCCAAUUGAAUUGUUUAAAAAUUCAUCAGUUAAUGAGAGACCAGCUGAAUUAGAAGUUGAUUUAUCUGAUGAUUUAUCUGAUUAUUUAUCAACAUAUAGUAGUCCAGUAAAGUCACCAGUUGAUUUGUCUGAUGAUUCAUCAGUUCAUAGUAGUCCAGCUAAAUCAAAAGUUAAUUCAUCAUAUGAUUCAUCAUCAACUAAUUACAGUCCAGCGAAAAAAUCAGUUGAAUUGUCUGGUGAUUCAUUGAAUAAUAAAAGUCCAGCUAAAUCAAAAGUUAAUUCAUCAUAUGAUUCAUCAUCAACUAAUUACAGUCCAGCAAAAAAAUCAGUUGAAUUGUCUGGUAAUUCAUUGAAUAAUAAAAGUCCAGGUAAAUUAGUAGUUGAUUUUUCUAAUGAUUCAUCAACUAAUGAUGGUCCAGCAAAACCAGCAGUUAAUUCGUCUGAUAAUUUAUCAGAAAAUAAGAGUCCAGCUAAAUCUCCAAUUAAAUCUCCAACAAAGCCAGCAGUUAAUUCAUCAAAUGAUUUAUCAAAAAAUAUCAGUCCAGCAAAACCAACAGUUAAUAUGUCUAAUUAUUCAUCAAAAAAUAGUAGUCCAUCAAAGCCAGAAGUUGAUUUGUCUAAUAAUUCAUCAAAAAAUAGUACUCCAGCUAAAUUAGUAGUUGAUUCGUCAAAUGAUUCAUCAACUAAAGACAGUCCAGCAAAGCCAGAAGUUGAUUUGUCUAAUAAUUCAUCAAAAAAUAGUACUCCAGUUAAAUUAGUAGAUAAUUCGACAAAUGAUUCAUCAACUAAUAGCACUCCAGCAAAGUUAGUAACUGAUACAUCUAAAAAUUCAUCAAAAAAUGUCAGUCCAGUUAAAGCUCCAGUUGAUUCAUUCAACAACUCAUCAAUUAAUGGUAGUCCAGUAAAAACAGCUGCUGAUUCAUCAAAUAAUUCAACGAAUAAUGUCAGUCCAGCUAAAUCUGAUACUGGCUCGUCUAAAUAUUCAUCAAGUAGUAACAGUCCAGCAAAAUUAACAAUUGAUUCAUCAAAAAAUAUGAGUCCAGCUAAACCAGCAGUUAAUCUAGCCAAGAAUUCAUCAACUGAAAUUGAUCCAGCUCAGGCCCUAGUUGAUUCUUCAACUCGUGUUAGUCCAGCUAAACCAUCAGGUCAGGCAUUCUUGGAUGCAUUGGUUAAUAGUACUCCAGCUAAAUUGCCGAUUAAUUUAUCCGAGGAUUCAUCAAAGAAUAUUAAUUCAGCUAAAAAAAAUGAACCAAAUCCAAUGAAAAAUAUUCAUAAAUCAAUAUUAAAUUCAAAUGAUGAUGACAAAUUAUUAUUAACACCUAAAAAUGCUUGUAAUAGAUCAUUCAAUUCAGAUACAGAGUAUGAAAAUAUGUGUGAAACAAUAAAUGAAAGUAAUCAUCAACCAACAAGUUUUACAUUUGAAGCUGUUGAAACAUUAGUUGAUACAUUUCAAGAAAAUGAAAAACUUGAAAUUGAUGAUAAAGUAUUAGCUGGAAUGACAUCAAAUAAUAAAUUAAAAGUUAAAAAUAAUUCUGAUUAUCCCGAAGAUCCAUUAUCAACUGAGCCAAUUUCUAAAAAACCAAAAAUGUCAUCAACACUUUUAGCAGAAAAUAUUUAUUCAGAUGAUGAUAGCUUGACUGAAUUUGAAAUUGAAAGUCCACCAAAAGUUUAUAAUAAAAAAACUAAAAAAUUAGAAAAAAAAAAAACAAGAUCAUCAAUUAUAAAAGAAGCAAAUGAAUUUGAUGAUUUAGAUGAUGAUUCAAAUGAUGAUUUUAAUGAUGAAAAAAAAGAAAAAUUACCAAUUUCAAAUGAAAUGAUUGAAAGGCUACGAUAUAUUAAAGUUGAAUUGGAACAUGAAGUACCAAAACAACAUAAAAUUGGUACAAGUUGUUCAUUGCCAUUAACGAAAAAAGAAAAAUUACUAUUUAAAAAAUAUGAAGUAUUAAAAUCUGGUGCAUUUACUAGAAAAGAAGAUAAUAUUAUUAAAAAAAAUUGGAAAAGAUUUUGUGAUAUUAAUUUUUUAAUAAUUGAUAAUGAAAGAUUUUUCAGUAAACGUUAUAAUGGUAAUAUAUUUAUAAAAGACGAUAAAGAAAGAAAAAAAUUUGUACAAUUUUUAGCUAAUGGAUUACCACAAAGACCAUUAUUUAGUGUUUUUAAAAGAUUUGAAAGACUUUAUGAAUUUAGAAGACGACUAGAAAUUAAAUCUAGAAGAUAUACUAAAGAUGAAGAUAAAACAAUAAUAAAAUAUUUUCAACAAAAAAAACCAGCAAUGAGUAAAAGUAUUAUUCUACCAGAAAUUUUAAAUCGACCAUAUGAUUCAAUACACAGAAGAUAUUUUUAUCUGAAAAGAACACGACAGCUUGAGAAGAAACAUGACGAAAGUAUGCGAAGUAUAAAAUGGACUCUUUCUUUGAUUAAAAGUUUCAUAAAAAACUUGUUAGAUUUAACACUAAGCACUGACAUUAUAGAGCUAAAAGAUGCAGUAAUACCAUAUGUUGUUUGGGAAAAAAUGGAAGAAAAAAUGAAAAUAAAUGUAAAAACAUUACGUUAUUUUUGGCUGCAUCAACUUCACAUGCAGCUAUUUUGUCCAAAUAAAAUAUAUUUAAAUGACGUUAAAAUAAUGUUAACGAAAUAUUUAUAUAAAAAGAAAAUAACAAAUCCAACAAAAAUUAAUUGGCCACAUAUUGUUAAAUAUUUUGAUGGUUAUACUAAAGAUUUUCUAUCUGAAACAUUACAUCGUAUGAAACUUAAAGAUAAAGAACAAACUAAGUUAACAUAUGCUGAUAGAAGAUUAAGUUUUGGUAAAUUUAUAAAUGAUCUUUAUCAAAUUCAAAUUGACAAAUUUAAAUACGACAUAAAAGAUCGUUAUUUGCCAAGAUUAGCUUAUGAAAAUGGAACAGUUAAAAUUAUUGAUGAUUGUUUGGAUAUAAUACCAAAAUUAGAACAAGAUGACGAUGACAAUGAUGAUGAUGACGAA